UGUAGUGUGUGUGCACAGUGAAAAUUUUUAGCCAAUUGUGCCAGUUGCAGAAAUCGUUCGAUCGACGUUGGUUCCAACAUAUCGUUGUUUUGAGUUUUAAGUGGUGUGGAUAAAUAUUUUUCAACUCGCAUGGUUGUGUGUGUGUAGUGUGUAGUGUGUGUAGUGUUUGAGUGUGUGGGGGUGCAAAGUGCCUUGCGGGGGUGAUAAAUAACAACGGAUCGCUUCCGGCCGCUAGACGAUGAUGGCGUUGUUGUUAUUGCAGUAAGGGAUUAUAUUAUAUCAGCAGUGAAUGGAUACAACAUUCGUCGUCGUCAUCAAAUCGUAAAGAGAAACGUCAAUACGAAAUAAAAAAGAGAAUUUUUCCGCAACGGCGAGAGAUCCACCCGAGAUCUAAUGGAACGGUAAAACUAAACCAACAACAACCCAACAACAACAACAACAACCCAACAAGGACAUAAGAAUUUUCAACGAAAAUUAAGGAGGGGGGCACUGCGUGUACAAUGGGAAGGACCUCAUCACCCGGCCAUCAACAGUUCCUUUUCGGUUUGUUGGCAUUGGGCGUGUUGAGCUGGAGCGUGAAUCCGGCGUUGGGCGCCGUCCGUCGUCCGCCCAAUUACAAUCACGACCACAUGCCCGAGACGUCGUUCACGUGCGCCGGUAAAGUCGUCGGCGGCUACUACGCCGAUCCCGACGCCGACUGUCAAAUGUUUCACGUUUGCGUCCAAGUCGACGAGAAUGACGUGAGGGAUUUCAAAUUCAUGUGCCCAAACGACACGGUUUUCGACCAGGAGAAUUUCAUUUGUGCCAACUGGUUCGAAAUCGACUGCCGUUCGUCCACUUUUUUCUACGACAAGAAUCUGCAACUGUUCCAGCCCAACGUCGAGUCCAAUAAAACAAGCAGUGGCACAUCUUCUUUAUCGGCCGGAACUGAGGAGCCGUCGGAGCAGCAAAAGCGCCAACAGGAGCAACAACUCAAACAGCUGAUGGUCCUGGAGGAGCAGCAGGCCGCCCAGGUGCUCAAACAACAACAGGUGAUUGACCAGCACGAGCGACGUCAACAAGAGCAUCAGAGAAAUCAAUUGAAAAUCAUUCAAGACCAGCAAAAGCAACAGGAGAAACAACAAGGACGAAAAGUGACGACAUCGGCGUCACCAGUGGCCGCCCGAUCCAUCGGCGUGUCAACGACGACAGCCACGCCCUACGUCGAGGAAAAGGGCGAAGAAUCGGUGAUUGAAUACGAUUAUUAUUAUUACGAUUACGACGACAGUUUGGAGCACGGCAAUUUCUACGCCAAUGACGACUACGAUCCUAAAGCUCCUGGGCGGAUCAUCGAUCCUACCAACGCCCGACCUCCACUGCUCCCCAUCGUCCCUCCUUCCACAUCCGUCGCCAAGACGACAACUACUCCGCUGGAACCGACAAAUAAAUCCCAUAAAUUAUAAAUUUUUUUUUAAUUAAUUAAAAAUUCAUAUUCCAAACUUAUUUUUGUUUUGUAAUAAACACACACAAAUUUUUGCACCUUUUAUUAAUUAUAAUGCCCCCAGUGAAUUUUUAAAUAAUAUGAAAUUAUGUUUUUUUUUAUGAAAUCUUAAAGUGUGUCUAUGUCGGCAAUUUGUACAGACAUAAAAAAAAUUUUAAAAAAAGAAAUUCUAUUAUCUAAU